AUGGCCGCUGCUGACGCCGGCAAUUCCGCGGAUGGAUCGAAGAUCUCCGUGCUGUUCGUGUGUCUGGGCAACAUCUGUCGCAGUCCGUCCGCGGAGGGCGUGUUCACGCACAUGGUGAAGCAGCGCGGCCUCGCGGACCGCUUCCACGUCGACUCUGCCGGAACCAUCGACUACCACGAGGGCAACCCCGCGGAUCCGCGCAUGCGCAAGGCGGCAGAGCGGCGCGGCAUUCCCCUGACGUCGCUGUCGCGGCCCAUCCGGCCGUCGGACUUCUCGACCUUCGACAUCAUCCUUGCGAUGGAUCGCAGCAACCAAGAUGACAUAGGCCGUGCCUUCCGCCAGUGGCAGCGCGCUCAUGAUCUCCCAAGAGAUGGCCUCGAUAAGGUUAAGCUCAUGUGUUCCUAUUGCCGCAAACUUAAUUAUGACGAGGUCCCCGACCCUUACUAUGGUGGCGCACAGGGAUUCGAAACA